UGUUUCUGCAGCUCUAUUGGCGGGUCACUUUCACGACGACACGCGGCAAACAUGCGCUGGCUUUGGACUUUCGGACGCGUUCCCGAAAUUGAGCCAAAUGAGAUGCUUGCCGUAAGCAACCGCAUCCUCGCCUUGCCACCAGAGCAAAGGACUUCCGGGACCGCCGCUCACAUCAUUGAUGUGCGGACACAGGCCGAGUUCAAAGCGGGGCAUAUCCCGGGGGCCCUGAACGCGUCCCUUCUGCCGCCCUGGUCUUGGCCUGCCAGAGUGGAGCCCCUGCUGCAGGGGCUGCAGCCCAGCACCGAGCUGUACGUCAUCUGCCUGUCCGCGCACCGCUCCAUUGGUGCCCUGAAAUGGCUACAGGAUCGCGGCUUUACAAACGUCAAGCAGCUCAAGGGUGGCAUGCAAGCCUGGCGGUCACAAAGGCUAAUUGAAGUGAAGGAACUGGGCGCCACUGAUGGUGAUGACCGAGCAACAGUGAUGGAACCAGCAGCCUGCUGCCCACAGCAGCCGAACAACGCGGAGUGAAGGUUCACAUCGCAACAACCCCAACGGCGCACCGAGCCCUAUACACGAUACUGAAACAGCUGGGCCUGGAUGCGGAGAGUGAGGGAGCUGUUGGGGAGUCAUUCCCGGCGGUACGGGUGGUGACAUUGGUGGUGACAUUGGUGGUAACAUUACGGCCGGUGGUUAGUCGUACAAGAGGGGGUACCCGGGGGAUGUUUUCCGGCACUUGGCCGACAGCAUGGCGGGGCACACACCUAAUGGCGGGGCACAUAUCUAAUGGCGAUCACUGAGCCAGGCAGUGGUGUAUGGGAGAAGGUAGACACUAGCAACUUAGCCGCAGAGCUGAGGCAGCUGAAUGAACACUAUGACUGAGUAGGGGACACACCAGGCCUAGGGGGCGAUUGCAUUCGGAUCCUUGUUUGGAACAUGCAUGUAGGGCAAAUAUGUCGACCAUAGGGCAAAUAGCGCGUGUAUAGUUAUUCCGAAGCGUGUGGUGGUAACUUUACGGGCUGCCGAUGGCAGUUCUGGUCAAAGCCUCAGUCUAGCGGCCAGCAAAUCGGAGGCUUCUUGCAAACUUUCACCGCAUCUGCUCUUCCACCGACCGGCCUUUUAUAGGAGCAUGUGGAGGAUGACCAAUGCGGAUUAUGCCGGGGGUUAUAUGGACACCCAGGGAGAGAUGCUUAGGGUGGCGUUGGGGCAGCUGCUGCUGAACCUGCACGCCGCCUCAAAGGCGCUAAUGUAGGGCAAAUAUGUCGACCAUAGGGCAAAUUUGACCAGGUUAAGGCUGUGCGAGGUCUACUUAACGUAAUCAUCCUGACUGAGAUGAAUUCGCAUGUAAAUUACAA